CUGUGAUCAUGGGUACGCGAAAACCAUGCUGUGAAACCACGCCUUCUGUCAAGUGUGAUCUAGAUUCAUGCAUUAGAGCUCAGUGAGAAUGACCACUUAGCAUCUCGAUUAAUUUGCGUUUAUUAUUUUUAAAUUUAUAAUCAAAAGUUGGCAUCGUUUGAUUCCGAAUCCGAAAGAAACAGAAAACAUGGCGUUCACAUUUGCCGCUUUCUGCUAUAUAGUUGCAUUAAUACUUACUGCAUUCUUAAUAUUUUUCGCUGUUUAUCAUGUGAUUGUUUUUGAAGAAUUAAAGUCAGAUUAUAAAAAUCCUAUUGAUCAGUGUAACAGCUUAAAUCCGCUUGUUUUGCCAGAAUACUUUAUCCAUAUACUCUACACGUCAUUAUUCCUAUUUGCUUUUGAGUGGUUCACUGUUUUAUUAAAUAUUCCCAUCAUUGUAUACCAUGUUCACAGGUAUCGUACUAGACCCUUGAUGAGUAGGCCAGGCUUGUAUGACCCGACUACUAUUAUGAAUGCUGAUCAGUUAAGCAGAGCAAUGAAAGAAGGUUGGAUUAAGUUAGGCUUUUACAUAUUGUCAUUCUUUUAUUAUUUAUAUGGAAUGAUUUACACCCUUAUCUCUAGUGUCUAGAAGCCUCCUAUAAAAGAAAAUCAAUGUCAGCAGCUUUCCUUUGUAAGAAAGUAUUUAAAUGUUUUUGGAGAAAUCUCCUUAGAGAUAAAUACCCAUUUAUGUACAAAUUGUAAAUUCAUUGAACUCUUGUUAUUCAACUGCUCGUUAUACUCCGUGAUUAUCAGUUAUCAUUUCUACAACACACACUUCAUUCAGAACCUCUUUGUCCAAGAGUAGUUCUUAUCUUGUAAAUGCAUGUAUAUUUAUGGUUGUACACUUAUAUGAUGACAUAUGAACGAUUGUGCUAUUGUAUUUUAUACACUGAAUGUUGAUUGUUCUCUAUUAAAUUUUUUUUACCCCUCAAAAUAUUUUUUCUUGAUUUUUUUUUUCAGUUCUGUAUUCUUUGUUUCAGCUUUAGUCAAUGUAAUAGAAACUUUUAAAAUUCUUUUGAUAUUGUUAAAAUAUUUUUUUGUUGGAAAUAUAGUUAUUGUAGAAUUUUUAGUUUUUGAAGAUCGACGAGGAAUGAGAGAUAACAACCAAUAAAUUAAAUGUUGGGUGUA